AUGGUGCUGCACGACCAGGUUCAUAACGCGGUACAAUUUUAUGUCGAUCCUCGUAUUGCAAUUGAUAUGAACAACUUGUUCACUGAAAGUCAACCAUGUGAUGUCGCUCAUCGAGUUCUGUCCUAUUGUGCAUUCCUGAUCAAAACAUCAGUACCGAUGAAGCAUUUCCGACGGCUCGGUCAAGUGUAUUGUACGAUGCAUUUGGAUCCAGAAAAUCAUAAUUUCCGUCCAACAGAUACGCAAAAACCCGAAAAUAAAGUAACUGGUGGAACUCGACGACUGUUAUCAAUCAGUCAAAAGAUCAACGAAGAAAAAUAUUUGAAUCAUUUGGAUGAAGAGAAGGAAGCCGAUCUCGAAAUUCGCAUUUUCGGUUCAGAAGACAAGAAGGAUCAGAGAAUGGAAAAGAUCAGUUUGUUCAGUCAAAGUCAUUCAUGUAAUGUAGCUCGUCGAGUUCUGUCCUAUGGUGCAUUCCUGAUCAAAACGUCAGAAGGGAUGAAGCAUUUAAGGCUGCUCGGUCAAGUGUAUUCUACGAUGCACUUGUAUCCAGAAAAUCAUAUUUCCCGUCCAACGGAUACGGAACAACACGCAAGUGAAGAAGAUGAUGAGAGAAAAUUGCAAAUCGAUGGGCAGUGUGCGAAUGAUUUCGGGGAGCUGCAAUUUUGA